GUCCACUUCAUUCACCAUCAUUUUGAGCUCUCACUAACAGUAAUGUUAGCGGCUAUUAUGGUUGCAUGAGCUAAAGUUAGCGGACUUAGCCCCGGGGUGUCAGGAGUCAAAACCAUCAAUAAAACCUGGACCUACUGUUCACUGGGAGCUCCCAGUCCGACACAGUCAGCUAAUGGAUCCAGAAUAUUCUGAAGACAAUCUGCUUACAGUCGACAGCCGUCAGUGCUGUUUUGCUCUCUUUGUAGUUACAGACAGAGCGCACACUCCUGACCCUGUUAUCACAAAGCUCUCAGUAUCUGUAGCAAUGUGGUGACUGAUGUCCUCUGAAACAGCAGUAAACUGUUCACUCAGUUUACAGUCAGUGAGUGGGACAACACAUUCAGUUAUUAUCAGUACUUUACUGGUUAUAUUCCUAAUAUUACCUUUGACACUAGUGAGGAUAAAAAUGAACUAAACUUUAAUUAUACAAAACCUUUUAUACAUUACAUAUACUUUGAUUUACAAACAAAAAUUUAACAAAACUGAAACUACAAUAAAUCAAAUUAUACAAGGCUAAAAAUGAAUAAAUUAUCAACAAUUAAAUGUAAAACAUCCAAAUAUAAAUGAAAUACCAGGGAGACAACGUAAAAUCCACCGAUGAACCAUUGCUCUGGGAUAAUAAUAUAAACAGGCUUACUCACGUCUUACCUACCAAAGGAGACCAUAAACAUGCAGACAGUGGUUCAGUUGCUGUUCUUGAUGCUUUUUUAAAAUUAUUUUAGCCAUUAUUUCCAGGAGAUCUGGUGUUUGCUUUCAACUCUUUCAGUUAUUUAAACAGAAUUUUCAGCAAUGAGCACAACAUAAAAUGUGUCUUCAAGUCAGUGAAACAUGGCUGUGAAUUGUGGGAUAUUAAGUAUAUCAUUGCCUCUCAGACAGUGCUCUGAGGCAAUUUCCCAUCUUAAAAAACAAACUCAGAACAUAUUGGUUGGUUUCUCGCGGUGUUUCAAUAUUCUGGUUACAGCGACAGCCCUGUUGAAACAUCCUCAUCACGUUAACACAUUGUUUUCUUUGUGUUUCAGUGAGUCUGUAGUGUGUGUGUGUGUGUGUGUGUGUGUGAGGAUGAGCGGUGGUAAAAAAAGGAGUGGCUUCCAGAUCACCAGUGUGACCUCAGACUUCAAUCAAACUCCAGCCGCCCAAUCAGCUUCCAGCGUGGUCCUGAAUGUCCUCCAAUCAGCAGUCUCCUCCUCCACCCCACAGGGAAGCUCCUCCCAGCCGACCACACCCUCUCUGAAGAGGAAGUACAUCUCCCAUGAUGCUUCGGGGCAGGGUGGCUGUUCCUCCAGGUUCAGGGUGGUGCGGUUGGUAGUGGGAGGGGUUGGUGGCGGUGGACGGGGCGAGCCAUAUCGGCGUGGUCGAUGGACGUGCAUGGACUUUAUGGAGCGGCAGGAAGGGGCGGGGUUCAGGCGGGUAAUGGACACAAUGAGACACGCCCAUUCGCUGGAAUCCCUGGAGAUGAUCGGCUGUGACAUAGACAGAGGCGGAGUCCAUUCCCAGGACACCGCCCACCUGUUGGCUCACCCACUUAGGGGCAGAGAGGGGGCGGGUCUUGUACUGCGCAGUGGGCCGCCCUCUCCAACACACCAAGAGCCAAUCAACAUCCGGCUCCUGGACUGCAAGGAGCCAACGGGAGUACAGGGAUUUGACUCCAAACCUCCACCUCCUUCGCCCCGCCUACGAAAUAUCCCUCCUCCUCUACGAUUAGACGUCGAUGCCGCAGGACGGUCUGUCCUCAGGCUGUCUCACUCUCAGCCCAGCUCCCCCCCCGCUGGAUCGUACCAUCCCACUCUGACCCCCAUCCAGACUCCUGCAGCCUUCAGUCUGGACCAAACCAUCUUCAACCUGCCGGGGGAGGCCAG